AUGUCGGAAAGAACCUCUGAGAAACUCACAGACGUGGAGGCGGUUCGAGAUGGACUGGAACCGCAUCCGGGAAGCGACACGACCCAGGAGGCGGAGGCUAAUCCCUCCCCGAGAAAGGUUCAUGGCAUUCUCUGGGCGCUUGUUGUCAUCUCGAUCCUGUCCAGUAUUUUUCUGUACGCCAUGGACAACACCGUCGUUGCGGAUAUCACACCGGCUGCAGCAAACCAGUUUGGUGAUGUCGUUAAACUUCCUUGGCUCGCCGUAGGUUUUCUGGUAGGCGGUACCGCUGUGGUACUUCCAUUCGGCAAGCUCUACAGUCUGUUCGACGCGAAAUGGCUCUACAUCAUCUCCUUGGUGAUAUUCAACGCUGGGUCCGCUCUGUGCGGUGCAGCACCCUCCAUCGACGCCUUCAUCGUCGGUCGUGUGCUUGCAGGUUUGGGCGGCAAUGGCAUGUAUCUUGGUGUCAUGACGCUUCUGUCGGUGCUGACAUCUGACCGGGAAAGGCCAGGAUAUCUGAGCUUCGUCGGAUUGGUGUGGGGAAUUGGUAUCAUCCUUGGUCCUGUGGUCGGUGGCGCGUUUACAGAGUCUUCCGCAACAUGGAGAUGGGCCUUCUAUAUCAAUCUUUGCAUCGCAGGACUCUUCGCGCCUGUUUAUCUCUUCGUAAUUCCUUCCUGGAAGCCUCGGCCGGGUGAGAAGCCACUCAAACUCAUCCGCGAAUUCGAUUUUGUCGGGGCUGUUCUGGUAAUAGCCGCCAUCAUCACCGUUAUCAUGGCGAUACAGUUUGGUGGUAGCUUGUACGCAUGGAACAGCGGCACGACCAUCGCCCUGUUCGUCGUUUCCGGAGUACUUUUCGUCCUCUUCGCGCUGCAGCAAACUUUCACCAUCUUCACGAGUACUGCAAAUCGCAUGUGGCCCGUUCAUUUCAUGCGAAACUGGAACGCGCUGCUCUUGUUCAUGACGGCUGCCGCGGUUAACACUGCUGGGUUCAUCCCCAUCUACUACAUUCCUUUAUACUUCCAGUUCACCCGAGGAGACAGUGCCAUCGAGGCCGCUGUCCGACUUCUUCCGCUCAUCUUUGUCCUGAGCGCAGCCAUCCUUGCAAAUGGUCACUUGAUGGGGCGAUUCAGUUAUUUCCAGCCUUGGUAUAUUUUUGGCAGUGUUCUCACGCUGAUCGGUGGUGUUCUGCUAUCCCGCGUCACUUCCGACACUCCCACCGGUCAGAUCUACGGUUUUGAGGUUCUUAUUGGUAUUGGUACAGGGUGCUUCAUCCAAGCUGGAUAUGCCGUGAUCCAGGGCAUGGUCCCAGCGUCAGACAUGUCAUAUGGAAUCAGUUUCAUGAUGAUUGCGCAACUCGGUGGUAUUGGUCUGGGUCUGUCGAUUGGAGGCGCCGUGUUUAUCAACGAGUCCCUUGACAACCUGUCUGUUCUUCUGCCCGACAUCUCCCGCGACAACCUGCAACUGGUCAUCACAGGUACGAGUAGCGCGGCUUUGCGGGGCUUGACACCCGAAGUUCGCCAGCAGGUCAUUGAUGUCAUUGUACAAGCAAUGGGCGAUGUCUUUAUACUGACCUACGUGGCCGGAGCCUUUUGUCUCGUCGCCUCAAUGUUGUUCACAAAGCGCAAGAUGUUUGGUGACGCCGUCGCAAUGGCAGGCUAA